AUGGUCCGCACUUCCGUCCUCCACGAUGCUCUCAACGCCAUGAACAACGCCGAGAAGGCUGGCAAGCGCCAGGUCCUGAUCCGACCUUCUUCCAAGGUCAUCAUCAAGUUCCUCACUUUUGAAGAGAUAGACGAUCAUCGAUCCGGCAAGAUCGUUGUCCAGCUCAACGGCCGUCUCAACAAGGUCGGAGUCAUCUCGCCCCGCUACAACGUCCGCCUUUCCGAGCUCGAGAAGUGGGUUGUCAAGCUGCUCCCUGCCCGUCAGUUCGGCUACGUCAUCCUCACCACCUCUGCCGGUAUCAUGGACCACGAGGAGGCCCGCCGCAAGCACGUCUCUGGCAAGAUCAUUGGCUUCUUCUACUAG